UCCCGCCCACUGCGUCAGCGCGCGUGCUCAGUGCAGGAUGCUAAAUUGUAGGUGAUGAUGGCGGAAGGGGAGCAGCUCUGAGUUUCACCCGAGUUUGUUCAACAGCUGUACCACCGCUCUCUACAGCCGUUCUCUCCGUGCCCACCUACACCGAGGCCAUGGGCAACGAGGCGAGCAUGGAAGGGGAGGGACAGGCGGGACAGGCCGGACCCGCCGUCCCUGCAUCGGGGGCUCCGUCUUCCAUUUCAGCACCAGCGGACUCUGGACAGCUCACCAAGCCGAGCAACGGAGCUCCUGCCGGAGGAAGUGCCGGAGCCGGAGCCGGAGCUGGAGCUGGAGCCGGAGCCGGGGCGGGGAUUAACAGACCACAACAACUAGACCCAGGCCCUAAAACCGGGGUCCAGAGCGGUCAUGGGACGGGAGACAGAUUAGCUGCCCACGUCACUCUCCAGCACGCCGCCCCCCAAGGAGAAGCGGGCCAGGGUCACGUGGCCAGGAGGAAUCUCCAGGUGGAUGUGGGCGGCAGGAGUGGGAGGUCUCCCUCCGUCUCCCCCGACAGGGGCAGCGUGCCCACGUCUCCGUACUCGGUGCCUCAGAUCGCCCCCAUGCCCAGCAGCAAACUGUGUCCCGUCUGCAAAACCACCGACCUGACGGGCAUCCAGGACGACAAGUCGAGCGUCAACACCUGCACGCAGUGUCGCUCCAUGGUGUGCAACCAGUGUGGCUUCAACCCCAACCCUCACCUCACGGAGGUGCAGGAGUGGCUGUGUCUGAACUGUCAGAUGCAGAGGGCGCUAGGGAUGGAUAUGACCACACCGCGCUCCAAGAGUCAGCAACAGAUCCACUCUCCUUCUCACACAGCCAAACCUGAACAUCAACCUGAGGCGUUGGCUCAGUCCGCCCCACAAACGCAGACCCCUCCUCAGUUACAGCCCCCCAGACAGACUGCCCCGACCGGCCCCAGUCCACAACAACCCAAGUUCCCUUCCUCCAGCAUGGCAAAGGCCCCCUCUCAGCCCGACCUGUCCCACAGCUCCCCCGCCCACCAACCCCAUCAGCCCCGCCAGGAUCAGACUCGCAGUGCGGGGAGCUCCCCUUCACGACAGCCCCCGCCCCCAGAACAGGCCUUCGGGAAGUUGUUUGGUUUUGGAGCGUCUCUUCUCAACCAGGCCUCUAACCUGAUAUCAGAGACGACUCAGCCCCAACAACAGCCCCCAAAACCAGCCCCCAAACCAGGAGGACCCCCCGGCCCUGGACCUGGGGCUAAUAAACCCCCGGGAACUGCACAGCAGGGGGCUCGAGGACCUGCUCAGCCUCAGCAGCAGCAGCAGCAGCAGCAGCAGCAGCAGCAGUCGAGGCCCAGAGCGUCUUGUCCUCUCUGUAAGACCAACCUUAACGUAGGAAACGCAGCAGAAGCUCCGAACUACAACACCUGCACCCAGUGCAACUCCCAGGUGUGCAACAUGUGUGGAUUCAACCCCACGCCGCACUUAGUCGAGAAAAAGGAAUGGCUGUGUCUGAACUGCCAGACCCAGAGGGCCAUGUCAGGAAGCUUGGGGGAUAUUCCACCGCCAGCUGCACAGCCCACGGGAUCGCCACGGGCCAAUCACCAACCAGCCCAGCAGAAAGGGCCCACUCAAGUGUCAGGGCCUAGGACCUCAAGUCCUCAUCAACAACAGAAAACACCGGGUCCCCAAGUAAGUGGCCCUAAUUCUUCUGUGAAACAGGCAGGGCUUGUCCCUCAAACUAAGGAUCUUGUUAAAAAAUCCCCUCCAACCAAGACUUCUCCCCAAAGUGUUCCCCAACACAAAGGUACACAUCAGACACCGUCCCAAACUAAGGGUCCAACACAACCCCCAGCUCAGAGUAACGGUCCUCAAAUGAAGGGUCCUACUCAGUCACACGCUCAAAAUAAAGGGCCUAGCCAGGCUUCUAACCAAGUAAAAGUCCCGAACCAGGCCAAAGGACCACCUCAUGCCAAGGGUUCUGCUCAGCCCUCUGCUCAGGGCAAGGGCUCCUCACAUUCCUCUGGUACAAAGGCUUCAUCAGCUCCUGGUAAAGGCCAGAGUAACCAUGCCAAGGCCUCUACCACUCCAUCAAAAACAGCAUCUAUUCAGUCUAAACCCACAGGUAACAACCAGGUCCGCAAACAGCCUCAGAACCAGGAGAAGACCAAAGUUUCAUCUAAAGCUCUUAAAGAAGACCCCAAGAGCUCACAGAAGAAAGCAAUGUCGGAGACGACCACUUCACCCAAAGACACGAAGAUAGUUGACGACGCAAAGACGUCGAGACACCACGAAGAUUCCAAUAAGUCGAGUACACAGAGUUUAAGCGACACUGGAUAUUCAUCAGAUGGAAUAUCCAGCUCUAUGGGGGAGAUCACAGGCCAGAUUCGGGAGGAAGGUAUGAAGCUGAACAAAGGAGGUGCAGCGAUGCCUUCAGCCAUCAACAAACUAGAGAGUUCAAUGAAGCCUCUGUUGGAGUCAAAGACCAGUGACCAUAAACACAGGCCGCACUCGCUCUCCGUUGGAAAAGAGCGGGAACAUGGUCCUGACGAUGACGCUGUGAGGGAUGAAUCAGAGGAUGAUCUCAGCUGCAAACUUCGCCACGAUUACGUGGAAGACAGCAGCGAGAGCGGUCUGUCACCAUUGCCAGUAAGACAGAAGAAGUCGCAUAAAGAUGUAACGGAUGAAGACUACAUGAGGAAACAAAUUAUGGAAAUGAGUGCCGAUGAAGAGGACGUUGAGGAAUAUGCAAACCAAAAGGCUAAGAAAGGCACUAAAACCAGCGGGGAUUUAAACAAGGAGAGACGACGCCUCGCUCACCAUUCCAAUAGUUUUGAGGACGAUACCAAGGUAUCUGAAGGUACAGAAGAUGAAAAUGUUGUAAUGGCUGGAGGACUUAGACGCUUUAAGACGAUUGAACUAAACAAUUCUAACAGCUAUAACCGAGAUAUGGAGCUUAACACUGACCAUGACCUACGAGAACCAGAGCUCGAGAUGGAGAGUCUGACCGGUUCUCCUGAGGAGCGGUCCAAAGGGGAGUACUCAUCCACCUUGCCUGCCACCACCCCUAGCUACACCUCUGGAACAUCCCCCACAUCUGUAUCCUCUAUGGAGGAUGACAGCGACAGCAGUCCGAGUCGAAGGGCGAGACUCGAAGAAGCAAAACAACAAAGAAAGGCUCGACAUCGUUCACACGGGCCUUUGCUCCCUACUAUAGAAGACUCAUCGGAGGAGGAUGAGCUUAGAGAAGAGGAAGAGUUACUUCGAGAACAGGAACAAAUGAGAGACCUUGAACAGCAGAGAAUCCGAAGUACUGCCCGAAAAACAAAAAGAGACAAAGAGGAACUAAGGGCCCAGAGACGCCGGGAACGAUCUAAAACUCCCCCCAGUAAUCUAUCUCCCAUUGAGGAUGCUUCACCAACAGAAGAGCUGAGACAGGCUGCAGAGAUGGAAGAGCUUCACAGAUCGUCAUGUUCGGAAUACUCGCCUUCGAUGGACUCUGAGGCUGAGGGCUUUGAAAUAAUUGGUGGAAAGCUUUACAAAUCUGGGAAUGAAUUUAACCUUCCAACUUUUACGUCCCUUUACUCGCCCACAGAUAAGGCGUCAGCGGUGUCGCCCUCUGAUAAAACUCUAAAAAGUGCAGAGGAGGUCUAUGAGGAGAUGAUGAAGAAAGCUCAGCUUAUGCAAAACCAAGGACAAACAGCUGAUGGUAGGCAUCAUCUAAGAACUGGAACUGGCGUUUCACCUGGUACAAGCCCAACACAGGUUACAGCACCCAUGUCUUUUUCUGCAACAGAUCCAAGAGUUCCAGGAAUCCAUGCAGCACAGCAUUUAUCAAGGGAAACACAGAACAGGAUGAUGACACAGAGUGCAAAAAUUGAAGGUGUUGUUGGAGGUGCCACAACAAAACCUCAAGACACUCGACAAACCACUCAGAAAACAGCACAUGCAACACCGGACCCUGGAUCCUCCUCCCUCACAACCAAGGUCUUUUCAUUUUUCAAAGGUUCCAGUCCCCCCGUUUCCCCUCCUACUUCUCCAGGACAAAGCCCAACACAUACGCCAACUGUGCGACCCACCGGCAGCGGUGGCAGACAGCUCCCAGUCUUGCCUGGUGGUCCUACAGCAGCUCCUCAAAGGACAAGUUCACCACGUCUGGCACGACAGCAAUCCUCUCAAGAUUCACAUGCAAUGGUAAAAACGCAUAGUUCUGAAACAAAUAGUCCUACUAAACCACAGACGGUAAAUUCAUCCACCUCACCGCUGUCAUCACCAACACAGGUUGGAUGUAAAACGUUGCACGGCUCCCAGGUUGUAUCGACGGGCUCCCCAACAUCCCAGCAAAUGCAUUCAUCACAACAUGUCUAUGUUGAAAAGGUCAACGUUGGUGUUAGUACUGUGACCACAACUACUCAUAGUCGAGGAUCAAUGGAAAACAUAUCCCCGUAUAAAACCUCAGAUUCAAACAUUGUGAGCCAGGGCCACAACUGUACUGUGGUUGAUCUGAGAACCCCAAUGAGGGCUGCCCCAAUCAUAAUGACAGACCAGGGAAUGGACCUAACAUCUGUUGCCUCUGACACGAGACGAUACUCUUUUGGUGCCGAGCACAUAUCUGGCCGACAGACACUGGUACAACCUCUUACCAUGAACCUAAAUGCCCAAGAGCAACCCCAUGUUUCUGCAUCUACCCCAACCACAGUUAGUGUCACAGUAGCAGGAUCCACCAGCGUGGGUCCUCCCAAGCAACCCAUAAUUUAUGGCGAUCCACUGAAUAAUCGUGUAGAUUAUGGGCAGUGUAUUGGAGCAGCUGUUUGUUUAACUCAAAAUAAGGCUCAUAUCAAUGACCCAUCUAUUCCCCAAAUUGAUGCCUGUCUGGAGAACCUGGGUAUACAGCAGCAGCAGCUGCAGUUACAGCAGCAGAAGCUACUGCAACAGCAACAACUCCUUGAGCAGCAGCUGCAGCAACACCAGCAGCAGUCAUCAUUUGCUCGUUAUAAUUUAGCUAAUCAGGUAUCGCCACUGCUAAUAAAAAAGGACCUUGUCGUCAGCCAGACAAGCAGUACAUCCUUCGCAGUAACUGCAACUGCAACUGCCAUACCCGGAGUAUCCUCGCAGGCUCCCUCAUCGGGGUCUUGGGCUCCUGCUUCUAAUAUUUCCAACGACAUUUACGGAGGAGCUGCUAUAGAACUAAAAAACAAGCCGGCAGCAGUGAACUUGUCCACAGGUAAACCUCAUGGUAUGAUGGUGCAACUUGAUGAGAGUAACACAUUAAAGGGGGGGACAGUUACUCAGUUACUGAAACAAGAGGAACAACCUCUACCUCCUCAGGUCUUGGAUCUUACAGGGCAAAUAAAACCCGAAAACCAGGUUGCCUGUUGUGAUGUUGUUUACAAACUGCCCUUUGCUGGUACUUGUUCAAAGUCAUUUACUCAGAAGCCUGUUUCUGGAUCCUCAGAUAAAGAUCCUAUCACUGAAACCUCACAGGCAGGUCAUUCACCCCAUCCACUUAAUUACAGUACCAGCCAACAAAAAGAACACCCACCUCACGCUUCACAGGAAGUUGCAGGGGAUAAACCUCAUCAACCGCCAACUGUUCCCUUAGGAAAAAUUCAAGGCUCGAUGUCUGAAAACAAUCUCCCUUCAUUGACAGAAACUGGUCAGUUCCCUUACAGUGUCCAAGGGAGUCUCGCAGUAGAUUUUAGUGGCAUGAAUCCAACUUUGGAUAGUGCAUAUCUUGGCAUGGGAGCACAAUAUGGAUCUUAUACAGACCUCCGUCAUCAAGGGGAUUUGUCUGGCUCUCCAUUACCACUUCGCAGAUAUGGUUCAAUGUCAAAUAUAGAUUCUGACUAUACCUUGACUUCCCAUGAUCAGACAGGAUCACAUGAUGGCAAUCUGGCAAAUUACAGUGCAACCACUGCCAGGGAGAUCAGUCGCAUGUGUGCAGCUCUGAACACGGUGGACCACUUUGGAACCCGCUAUGGAACAAACCCUGAACUGGCAGCAUAUGCAGCUGGACGAGGUGGAUCUUUAGGGAGGCUAAAUUUUCCACCAAACUUAGCUUCAGUAAGAGCCAACCUGUUGUACGGCACAGAUGGAAGACCGAUUGCAAAUGGGCAAACCCUGACUAAUAUAAUAAACGCCAGACAAGUAGGUAUACGUGCAUUGUACCCUGCUGCUAUGAGAGGUGGUGACGGCAUGAUUUACUCCACAAUUAACACUCCAAUUGCUUCAACCUUGCCAAUUACUACUCAGCCUGCCUCUGUUAUCCGCCCUAUGCCAAAAGGAAUAUACAGAUCAUACCCGACAGGUGUAACAGCUGUACCACUAGCGAGUCUUACCAGGUUGCCUCAAGUAACACCAAGGAUGCCACUGUCCACACAGGAACCAUAUUCAUACCCGCCUUCAGCCCAGUAUUCUACUUCACCUUUACAAUCAGGAAGUGACAGUGUAAGUAGCAGCUCACACCAGGACAGUCCUAUGUACCUUGGAAAGCCUUUAACAACACCAGCAGCAACCAUUCCGCUAGCUCACCCUCCAGCACACUCGAGUGUACAAAACCUGCCAUCAUCUGGAAUGCAAAUCACAGCGGAUCAGCAGACAGAUAGAGCUCAGUCUGUUCCUUCUCGUGCUCAAAGCCAGCCUUCGGCUAACGAGCAAAUGCAGGCUCAAAUGCAAUCACAACACUUACAACCCGCUCAAACUGAACCUUUGUCUUUGACUCAAACACAAACUCAAAUUCAAACACAGGGCCAAUCACACGGGAUUCCUCAAAGCACGCCCCUUUCCCAAGUGUCAAAGGUCUCCCCGCCCAUGGAUGGACAAAAGGUUAAGGAGGACGAGAGACUAAGUCAGCAACAAGAGCAUAUGCUACAGCUAGAGCGAGAGAGGGUUGAACUGGAAAAACUACGGCAGUUGCGACUUCAAGAGGAACUGGAAAGAGACCGCAUGGAACUCCAGCGACACAGAGAAAAAGAACAAUUACUUGUUCAGCGUGAGAUUCAAGAGUUGCAAACAAUAAAACAGCAGGUCCUACAGCAGCAGCAAGCAGAGAGGGAGACACAGCUAAUAAUGCAAAGAGAACAACUGGCUCAGCAGCGAAUGCAGCUUGAACAAAUUCAGUCUCUGCAGCAUCAGCUACAGCAACAGCUAGAGGAACAGAAACGUCAAAAGACGGCAGCAGUUGAGACGGUAGCUGCCGCAGCAGCAGCCGAGGCGGCGGCAGCGUCGGCAGCAGCAGCGGCAGCUACAUCUGCACAGGGCGCUAUGCAAGGUGUGAUGGUUGGGGGAGGAGUCCCUCAGGGCUUCAUUAUCUGUGACCAGAGUGGUAGAGUUAUCCAACAAGAGGGCCAGAGUGUUCAGUUUUGGCAGGACGGACAAAUGGUUCAAGCUGUGGUGACAGCUCGACCUAUCCAAAGUUCUGCGUCUGAAAUGUCUUUGAGAAGUAGCGACAAACAGGCCGAUUCGAAGAUAAUGAAAAAACAGAAUUCCAUGCCUCGGUUGAGAGAUGGUUCAGAGGAAGACUCUGUGAGGAAAAUCACCGACAGCUGUGUCCAAACGGAUGAUGAAGACGGAGACGACAGAUACAUGAACAGACGCAGGAGAACCAGACGUAUCGCAGACUGCAGUGUGCAGACAGAUGAAGAGGACCAGGGAGAAUGGGAACAACAACCGGUGAGACGCAGACGAUCACGGGUAUCGAAGCACUCCGAAUCAAGUGAGACUAAAUCAGAAGGCCUGUCUAAAGUGGGCUCUUCAAGUAUAGCGAUUCAGACCACGAACGAUUCAUCAUGUCAGACAGAGCCUGAACAAUUAGGUAGGGUUUCACCUGCAAUUCACAUAACAAGCGCAGAGACCUCAAAAGUCGACCUGUUGCAUUAUAUAGCUGCUCCUGAAAGGACCCAGAAAGGAGAAAGUCUGGCCUGCCAGACGGAACCAGAGUCUCAUUCUCACGGUGUGGUGACCCCUCAGCUGAAUGUCCCCACAACCAUCAGUCCAUACUCCACAAGCCUACAUAUGGUGGGUGGAAACACAUCAGAUCCAACCUCUCCUAGGCUCCAAGGGGUGGCUAAGUUUGAGAGAAGGAAGCCAGACCCCUUAGACAUUGGCUAUCAACACCAACAAAAUGAAAGUUCCCGCCAUCCUCCCAAAUCUCCUCAGGUACUAUACUCCCCUGUGUCACCAUUGUCGCCUCAUCGAAUGCUCGAGACAACGUUUGCCUCACAGGAGAAACUCAAUAAGGCCCAUGUCACACCACAACAGAAGGCCUUCACAGCUGAGUCCCCCCAACGCCACCAGUCUUUACCAAGGCCAAUAAAAAGUGUGCAGCGUUCCAUGUCAGACCCUAAACCUCUCAGCCCGACGUCAGAGGAACCCAUCAAGAACAGGUUCUCACCGUAUCACCAGCAGGCUCUGCCAAACAGCCAGAUGGCCUCCCUGCAGCACCAGAACUCCCUCAUGAGGAAAGUAAAGAGGACUCUCCCGAGCCCCCCUCCAGAGGAAUCUCCCCACCCCAUUGUCACUCCAGCACAAAUAUACAGCACUCCGGGCAUAUCCCAGAGGGUUCUAACCAAACCCUCCCCGGGGGUCACCAAAGCCGGUCUGCUGAAUGAACUGAAAGCUGUGGAGCAAGAGUCGUCAAAACUCCGCAAGCAGCAAGCCGAACUAGAGGAAGAAGAGAAAGAGAUCGACGCCAAGCUGCGUUACCUAGAGCUAGGCAUCACCCAGCGUAAGGAGACCAUGGUGAAAGAGCGGGAGAGGAGAGAGCUGGCCUACAUCAGAUGUAUGGGUGAUGCUCGGGACUACAUGUCGGACAGUGAGCUAAAUAGGAUGGGUGCUGCAACAGGGAACUAUGACAUUAAUGGUCUUUUGACCAGACCCAGUACUGCACCACUAAGUCAGUUCUCCAGUGACCUUAACGUCGCUGCUCAUUAUCCCUCAACCUCGUCCUAUAUGGCUUAUUCUUAUGCUCAAAGUCAACCGUCGACACAGCAGCCGACCUCUGCCUACCAACAGAUAGGCUUCCAGCCUCCUCCAUACCCUUUAUCAUCAGCUCCCCAGCCAGGAACCUUCCAGCCGCAUCCUCCUCCAGGGCCAACUUACCAGAACCAGGGAACAUAUUCAUCCCGCAUGUAUGCUCAGCCCUCUUACCAGACUGACCUUGGCAUGCAACAGCAACAUAGUCACCAAGGAUUCCAUCAGCCCACUCAGCCAUUACCUGGCCAGAGUCUUCCCUAUCCGAACCACACCUCUUACCAACCCGGCCUUCCCUACCAGCCCCAGGCAGACAUCCUCACGGUUCAUCAAAGACCGAGGCAAACAUCUCUAGCUGACCUUGAGCAGAAACUUCCAACCAACUAUGAAGUUGUCAACAACCCAUCUGUGUCAGUCGCAACAUCAGUGCCGGAUCCCAGCUUCGGCCAUGCGGUCUACAACAAUGCUUAUGGACAAUACCGCCCCCCAGAGGCUGGCAUAGCUCACUCUGCAGACAGCCCCACCUCCGCUUAUGGUUCUGAUGGGAUGUACACCUCCAACCUGGAGCAGAACAUUCCUAGGAACUACGUUAUGAUUGAUGACAUUAGUGAAUUAACAAAAGACAACAAUAACCAACCUGCUGAUGCCCUGAGUCAUCCUGCAGGAGUGAGAUAUCGUACGGAGAACGGACCUGCUCGUGGAAACUCCUACGGUAGGCCUGAAGAUGAGUCUGUGGAUGCUUACGGCCGACAUACGAGCUCAGCUGCUUACCAAAGCACAGGGGAGAGUUAUAAUAACACCACAGUGAGUGGAGGCUCUUCCUACUACCACGACGAUUAUAAACACUCCUCACGGAGCUCCUCCAGUAGUCACAAACACACCACCAAGAACCUUGCCCCCGCUGUAGUCUCAUCUAAACGCAGUAAACACAGAAAGCAGGGAAUGGAGCAAAAAAUAUCCAAAUUUUCUCCCAUUGAGGAAGCACGAGAUGUGGAGUCCGACCUCGCCUCUUAUACAAUAACCACAUCAACGGGGGACAGUUGUACGGUCGUGUCCCGAUCCAGGAAGCAUCAGGAUGACGCCUAUGGGAUGAAGAAAAACACAUAUGACCAGCAGAAAUAUUACGGCACCAGUCAUGAGGCUCUAGAGGAAGAGGACCGCAUGUAUAGUUCCGGAAGGUCAAGGUCUACUGGAUACGGUAUGGACAAGAUUUCCUCCAGAGACGCCACAGGCCACAGGAGUAAAUCUUAUGAAAGGGACGCAAUGGAACGAUCUCAGAGAAGCAGUCGUAGUGGAAGGCCUCCUAUGCGCAACCAGAAUUCCGAAGAGGAAAGCCCACUUAGUCCUGUCGGAAAACCUGUUGGUAUGGGAAGAACCUCUGGUGCAACAGACUCAAAUGACGUAAGGAAUCAGUACGGCUCCAGCCACUCACUCCCAGAUGUGCAGGACCAUUACAAGAAGGACUUGCCCAGAAGUCAUGUCUAUAAACCAGAUGACCCUUACCUGGUAGAUGACAUGCAGUGUGCUGUUUCUGACAGUGAAGCCUAUCACCUGGGCCAAGAAGAGACUGACUGGUUUGAAAAGCCACGAGAAGCCUGUGCUGACCGCUCACGCCACCAUGGAAGUGGAGGUCACUCUACCUCAGGUAGACGGAGUAAGCACACCUAUCAUGACUAUGACGAACCUCCGGAGGAGUCAGGUCACCCUGACGAUUACGGUCAACACCGUCACUCUUCCUCCACAUCAUCACGAGAACACCGUCACCACGGCGGCAGUUCUGGAAGACACAGUUCAUCUCGUCACUCCUCGGAGGAUCCGAGGUCCUCAAGAGCCUCCAGGGUCCACUCCAAGGACCCGUCCGGUCGCUCUGAUGGGAGAACCGCUUCAGCAGCACAAAGAAGGAGUGCUCCGGACUCUCGAUCUGCCCAAGACAGUCCUCGAAACUCAGGAGAUUUCUCUCGUGAGACCCCCUCUGGACAUCACCACGGCACUAGGGAACGGAGCCAGAGACCCCAAGGAGAUCGGACAACUUCUAAGAGGCAUGACCCUUCUGCAGCAGGACAUAAACCACAGCAACAACAACAGCAACCACAACAGCAGCAGCAGCAGGGCCCUCAGGGUCAUGUUGGUCAGCAAAGGUCAGGGGGUCAGAGCCAAUCUGGUAGACAUCCAGGCUCUGAACCACUGAACGGCACACAGCAGGCCCAACAGCAUAGUGCACAACAACAGCAGCAGCAGCAGCAACAACAACAACAACAGCCACAGCAGCAGCAGCAACAACCAGGGCAACAUGGACAGACCCUCCAGGGUAACCAGCCCCCCGCAGCCACUGCAGGAACUGGAGCUGCACAACAACAGACCAAACCUGGACAAACCCAACCACAAGGACGCCAACCUGGGAUUGGAUCUGCUGCAGGGCAGGCUGCUACCACAGGGGUAAAGAUGGACGCUACACCUGCACCAGCUGCAGUUAAACCCCCAGCAGGAGUACCAACAGCCCCCCCGCCCACCAAAAUAGCCACACCUCCUCUGACUGGCAUUGGAUCCAAGGCCGCUCCCGUCGGCAUUGGCAGUAAAUCCACAGGUAUUGGCAGCGCGGCGGCAGCAGGAGCGGGGCAAGCUGCUCCUGAAGGGGACAAUGUCCUGACCAAAAUACUGCAGGGAGGGGCAGCAGAGCAGGCAGGAAAACUUGGAGAUGCUCUGUCUGGCCUCGGGAAGAAGUUCACUUCGUUUUGGUGAAAAGAUCGGAGGGGGCGAAGGGAAGGGAAGGGAGGGGGGUAAAAUAAGAUGGAUUGGUAGCUUUGUAAUUGAAAAUCCUAUGGACUGCAAUAUUACGGAAGCCGAGUCCUGAAUGCAUCAAGCUGGAAUCAAAGAAAACCCUCGUCAGCACUGAAUUCCCCGGACGUGAAUUAAAGGAACGGCACUGCUCCGUCAGCACUGGGCGUGGUGCCUUCACUGACCCUCCGUCCCAGGAUAAUGCUCGUGGACAGGACUGACACCUCACUUGAGCAGAACAGCAGUCAAUAAUGAGGAUGCAGUGAAGCAGAGAGGAGCGGGGGAGGAGCGGGGGAGUAAACCCUGCCUCCCCCUCCUCCUCUCUGAGAGAAAGUCUCCUGGGACGUGUUUGUCAGUGAAGGCACCGCGGAAAUAAGUCACCUGCAAAACAGGCAGGAAAUUCAGCAAAUUUCACAGCGUAGGAAGCUACACAGCGCCCUCUACCAGGAUUUCAGAGGAACAAACCCGACGUCUAAGGACGACUGACGAGGAUUCCUGAUUCUACACUGAUGCAUUCCAAGACUUCCAAGAAACCCAUCGGUAUUUUCUUGUAACAAAGACACCAACCCGGAACCAAAACGACAUUUUUGCUAAAGCUACGACCGUGACGACAAAUUCUACGACUCCACCACUACUCCUGAAUGCUCGUUUCCUGUUUUCUACAGUACAUUCCAAUAUCGGGAAUUUUCCCCUCUUCUCUGAAUGUGUUUUUUCUUUCUCCUCUUUUUGACGUGGACAGAAUGCUCCGUGUAAAUAUGGACAAACGAUCGCACGCACAGAUAUUUGAAGAAAAAAAAAAGAUUUAAAAAAAGUCAAUGUUUUUUGUUUUUGUUUUUUUUCUCCACCAUUUAUGAGAUGCCACUAAUCAUUAGCGAAGGAUGUCAAGGGAAGAGAAUUAUUACCAGCGUGCCCACAGGUGUGAGCGUCACACGGACGAGGAGACCAAGCGAAGGCGUGGUCGCGGCGCUUUAACGGCCGUGAAUCGUAAAGCCAUGGUUUCAGUCAGACCUGGAAACGUCUGGGACUCUUUUUUUUUAUAUAGUUUGUGACCUUUUUUUUUGCCUCAUAUUUUGCCUGACACUCGUUGAAUGGAAGAGCCUUACGAAGUCUGCGUUUUUACCUCAUACGUACGUAGUUUUUUUCGCGUUUCUUUUUACACGACUGUAAAUGAUAUGUACAUAAAACCAAGCAGAGAAUCUACUGAUGUAAAUUUGUCCUCGUGUAUUUAACAGGUCUUUGUUGAUUUGUUUUGUUCUGUUUUUGUAAAUCUAUAUAUUUUUCUUUUUUUUGUUUCUGAAUUCCUUUUCUUGCAUCGGAUCAUUUGCUCGUUGAUUUUUUUUUUUUUUAAAGCAAUAGCAUGCAGAAAAUGGUAUAUAGCACAAUGUUAUGAAUCUUGUUUUCAGUUCCUGAAGGAAAAUAUCACUUAUGUCGAUAAAAACUCGUAACAUGAAUCUGUCAGAGGGUUUACAGACGCAGUACCGUGUCGGGGCGUACGACACACACACACACUCUCUCUCUCUCUCUCACAUAAACGCGACACACACUCGGCUCCUGGUCACUCUCCAGAGCCGAGGUUGAGUUCGUCACUGAAUGGACCCGUGAACCAUCUGUUGAUCACAUGGUCACCGAUACACCAAGAUGAUCACAAUAACAAGCUGGUCCCACUGCCUCUAUUUGUGCAAAGAAGCAUUACAUACACACACACACACACACAUAUAUUAGGUAUAUUUGCCAUUGAAUAACACUGAAUUUAAUGCCUGUUUUUUUAUUUUUAUUUUUAAUAGAAUUAUUGGUUUAAACAAACCCACGGUGGUUCAGGCAGCGUUGCACUUGUAACGUUAUUUUGAGCACACACGUAGAGUUUGUUCCCUGUUUGACUGCGUUCACAGUUAUGAGUGCGGCUUUGAGUCUUGUACGUAUUAUGGUAUGUACUCUUAUCUAUUCAUAACUGCAGUACUCUUAAGUACUUAAGUACUUUUUACCUGGCUAACUACUAAAACCAGAAACCAGAACCAUUAAUUCAACUCUACUACGACUAGUCCUUACAGCAUAACAUAGACAAGAACACACACACACACACACACACACACACACACACACACCAGAGAAUGAAAGCAAUUAUCAGUUCCAACGUUCUAUGCAAUGACUCAUCUCAAACCCGGACGUAAUUCAAUCUCAAUCAGCUCAUUUAACUCAUUCAAAUCACAAGAAGAAGAAGAA